AUUGCCUGGACAGCCGGACUUAGGUGAAGCCUCUCCGACCUAGUUUGAUCGCCCCGGGCUUGGGUCCUCUCCUUCAUCCGAUCGCACGGCGCCGCCAUUUCGGUUGUUUUCGCCUACCAACUCUCCUAACGACCGUCAAUCGUUCCUCAGACUCACAGUUCCAAUAGCCCGCGGCUGACCAUGUCGUCUGGCGUUGUACGCUCUACCGCCCUCAGGGCUGGCGGCGCUUGCGUGCGUUGUCGCAAAGGGAAGACUAAAUGCGUUUAUGAGAAUGGCCGAGCACCAUGCAAGAACUGCGCAAAGGGAAUGCAUGACUGCUAUCUACCUUCAGAGAGUAUGGCUCAUCACCAUGGUCAAAGCCCAGCGCGACACGCCAACCCUCACCGGCCACCUCGCGACAGUCUUCCUGCUGCCGGACCCGGCGUUGUUGCUGAAGCGCGACAGCCCGUGGUAGGCUCCAGUGCUGCUCGUCAUGUGCAAACAGGUUCCGAUAAGCUCACUCCCGAACUGAUCGCGGAGUGUGAGCGUGUUGUAUCGAAGACAUUUCCAGCUUGCGUUGCGUUUCACAAGCCCUCUUUUGUCCAACAGUUGAAGAGCGCGUCUUUGGAUGCUGCUUUGGUCUACGGUCUUUUGACUUGUGCCGCCAGGAGCUCUCCGAGUCUAAUCCGCCGAUAUGGAGGUCCUACUCAAGCUGCAGAGACAUUUGCUGCAAAGGCCAUGACGCUCAUCAACCAAAACUUGGACCAUCCCAAUCUAGUCGACAUUCAGGCUCUGUGCUUGAUCAUUAUCCACGAAUGGGGCUCGCGAAAUGCUGUUCGUGCUUACAUCUACUUGGGGCAAGCGGCACGCAUGGUGCAGAUGUACCGCAUCUUGAACAGCCACCAUGCGUCUCCGGAGGGCGACAUGUUUUUGCGGGAUGAAUCUCUCCGGCGUACUGUUUGGCUAAUUUACAUAUUGGAUUGCCUUCUCACCAGCACACCGGGACGUUUCGCCGCACUCUCUCCCCACGACACUGCAGAUGUGCCUUUGCCUUGCUCGGACAUUAACUUUGCCUUCGGCAAUGCUGUCUUUGUCAAGACCCUGCGACAGCAGCUUGAUCCUACCGCUGUUCCACCGGGCCAACCACCAUCCGAGAUUGGAGAGUUUGGUUAUAUCGUCUUGGCAUCGACAAUCUGGCGCGAUGUUGUCGGAAUGCUUACCACCACUACUCUCGCGAGUUUCCGCGAGGAGGACUGUGGCGAUUUAAUCGCCAAGAUCGAGGGUCUCCGAGCUUCUUUGCCCAUGCAGUUUGUGGACAAGCCGGGCCAGAUCAACCUACAUAUGACGAUGGGCUCUGGCUACACCUUUGCCAUGCUUCACUGCCUCCUACAUUGCGCAACGAUCUUUGUUCAUCGAAGGCGCCUGUUGCAAGAAGUUACUUCAGUCAACUUUAACCUAGAGUCAUUCCGCCUUAACGCUCGAUGUCACGAUAUCAUUGAUCGGCUCUUUACUUCCUGUCACGGCACGAUCUCGCUACUAACCGCUGUCGAGGCAGGUUCUGAGAAGGACCACACCCCUUGCUUCCCGAUUUUCAUGCUAUUUUCAGCCUUUACAGCCAGUGCCACUGUCGCCUACCUGUCUCUAAAGGGUCUCACACCGCCCAAUGCUGUCGAGACCGCCGCUCAUAUUGUCAAGGAUGGUCUACGGUUUAUGAGUGAUGGCACUGAGAACUGGCCUCUCAUGGGUAGCUGGCUUCGACAUCUCACCGUUAUGCAAAGGGUGCUUAACAACGAUGCUGCGGCCGCCAAUGGUGGCUCCUUGCGCCAUGGCUCGACAUCUCACGGUGCAGGUGUUAAGGACGAAAUCUCAUCCAAUGCUGACACCAACCCGGAUGCGAUGGACUAUGACCAGCAAACCAACCACGCAGGUAGCGUCUCAGGCCAAGGUAAUCCUCGAUCUGUUUCAGAGUCGGUGCGUGGCGACAGUGAACCUCCUGUUGUUCUGGCAAGACGACCCGGCGUUACAACCAUCAACGGCUCUGGGGGAGCAUCCACCCCAACAACAGUUUCGCCACCACCGUCCAAUACAACCCACGGAACUGUACCUGAUAUCAAACAGCAGCCUAGCCCAGAAAUGGCAAAUGGGAUUGUGCCUCCUCAGGAUGGACAGACAACGAGCCAGGAUAUGACUGCACCAGAGCUUUGCCAAGCCUUUGAGCGACAACUCCUUGAUCUCGACGAUCUUGCGGCUUUUAUGGGCGGAGGUGUUUAGUGAAUGACGAAGCUAUGAAUAAUCUUCAACAGAAAUAAUGAGGGUCUUAAGCGAUUGGUAUCAAAUUUUGGGCAGAUGCAAGAUCAUAAUGGUGAAGCCGGGGGAUUGGUACAUUAACAAGAGAGUUGCCAGGGUUUUUGUAGGACUAGGUUGCGAAGGAAUACCCAAUAUACCCUGGAAGGGCGUUGGGGAGAGAGUCUUUUUUUGGUACCUACAGGUACCCAGUCGAUAUAUUCAAGAAGUCGGUGUUUCCUUUCUUUCGAGACGCCAACAAUCACAACCCAUGUUUGCUGUGAAGUGCAUGUAACCGACCCUCUUAUAGGAUAGAACCUAUCCGAGCACUAAGC